CGUGUAAGAUGGGUUUUACUUGAUUUGAUCGCUGGAUGGCGCCAAGAUCACACAACAGAGUCUGCGCAGUCAGCCCACGUGUUGGGAGCUUCCUUGUUGAAGCGUUGUCGUCGUCAACACGCUGAACGAGCUGUUUUGAAGUGUUUCUAAACUAUGGAUGAGUUACCUGCGGACCUCAGAGAGUUCCUCGUGAAUCACCCCUUUCUUCAGCUCACAGGCGGUAAAAAGAUCAAAUGUACUCUAAAUGGCCACGAGUUUCCCUGCAAAUUGGCCGAGCUGCAGAAGUUCACUGAGGGGAAGAAAUAUGAGAAACUGAGUGCUGCAGCUGAGUUCAACUACAGUCAGUAUGAGCCACACAUCGUGCCAAGCACAAAGCAACCCAAUCAGCUUUUCUGUAAGCUGACCCUUCGACAUCUCAACCGGCAGCCGCACCACGUCUUAAGGCACGUCAACGGAAAACGCUUCAAGAAAGCCCUCUCUAAAUAUGAAGAAUGUGUGAAGCAGGGGAUUGAAUUCGUUCCAACCAGACUGACGCAGAAAAGGCCCAGAGACACUGAAGAGGAGGGCGGUCGAGGAAACUCUUCCAAACAUUCAAGCAGCACGUGGGAACCCUCAUCCAGUGAUGACGGUCAUAGUGACUCUGAGGACAGCAUGAGCGACCUCUACCCCCCCUCCAUGUUCACUUUGAAAAACCAAGCAGAAGAAAGUAUGGAGGACGGAAGGGAAGAGGAGGAAGAUGACUUUCAGACAGAUGAGGAUGAAGAAAUGGAGGUUGAAAAACAGGCGGUGCAGAAACGCAAAAAGGUUCAGGGUGGUGGAUUUCAUAAGAAACAAAGAAAUAACAGCUGGAGAUCAAGCAAAAUGAAAAAGAAACGCAGAAAAGCCCAAAAUGGAAAGUAAAAUCCAAACCCCCAUAUGAAGAGUAUUUUUAUAUACCCUGCCACGACAUCUAGUUUGGAGUGUUAUUCCUGUGUCAGAAUCGGCCUGACCCUUCAACAUCUAUUACGCGAGGAUGUUUUUGGUUCCUGAGUUCCACUGGUCCAACAAAGGCUGAUUUACAUGACGCAUAGAAAAUGUGUUAAAAGUUCCUUUGGACUGGAUAAGGUGUGUUUUCAGGUUUGCAUUCAACUGCACUAGUGUAAAAUAUAACUCUGUUUGAAUUUGCAA